UCCAAUGGAUCCUUCCCGGCUAGAGAGGACGUCACAAGGAAAAUGUGCUUCGGGAGGAAGCUAAUGUUCGGCAUCUGUUUCUACAGUGGAACCGGCGAGAGAGCUGCGAGAUGGCAAGUUCAGCGCUUGUGACUCCGGAGAUGAACAAAGAUAAAAGCAGCCGCCUGUAUGUGGUGGUCUGGAUUAACAACCUGCUGAAGACCCGGUUCAAAGAUGUGCGGCAGAUGGGUUCAGGCGCGUGCCACUGUCAGAUGAUGGACCUGGUCGUCCCCGGCUCUGUGGACAUGACCCAGGUGAAGUUUCAUGUGCAAAGUGACGACGACUGUAAUCACAACUUCGCUCUCCUCGCCAAGGCUUUCGAAAGGAGCAACAUCGCUAAGACGAUUCCAGCCGUGGAGCUCAUACAAGGCGACUCUCAAAUCAACUUUGAGUUCAUCAAGUGGUUCAAAGCUUUCUACCUGGCCAAUCCGAAGAGGCAAGGGUACGACCCUGUGAGAGCUCGGGGGGGCAAGAACAUCGGGCCCACUCUGGCAACCGCUAACCUGGUUAUAGAGGAGACCAAAACCACCCCCACUAAAGAUUGCCUCUUCACGGACAAGUGGAAGUAUAUUUACGGCUGGGUAGACCGGAGUCCCCUCGGAGAUCAUUACACCUACUGCCGCUCCUGCAACCGAAGCCUGAAGACAUUAAAGAAAGGCCUUCUUGAACUGCGGCGACAUGCGGGCACAAACAAGCACAGGAGAUGGUCUCAAAUCUGCCGGAGGACCGUGCAGCAGAGCCAGCCGUCCGGGCCGCUGCCGUGUAGCGACGCAGCCGUCCGCUUCAUCAACAAGCAGUGCCACACCGGCCCGGCUAAAGCCGAACCCAAGGCUCGACACUUGGCACGCUGCCGGCUGGGCUCCGAGUAUCCCAAAGAUAUCACCGCAGCCUGCCAGCACACGCCUUACUGUCUGUACGUCUUCGGAGGGGAACCGCUGGGGAAGGACGACACCGUCAGCGUGGUCCUCGUUGGCUUUUUUGACGUCGACGCCUCUGGGUACUGCUUCCAGUUUGUGGACGCUCUCCAGUCCGAGGACAGCGCCGGAGAGAAAACAGCCGCAGCGGUGGUGGAGACGGUGAAGAAGUUUGGGUUGCACACAGAUAAUCUCGUCGCUGUUUAUUCUGAUGAUGAUGAUGGCGCGGCUUUGGGGCAGAUCUGCACACAACUCAGGGAACUCAACCCCAACAUAGUCGCCAUAGGAGGGCUGUACGCCGUCGCCGAUGCUGCCUGCCGUGCCGGUAUCAAGGGGCUCUCCAAUCAGGUCCAAGAGAUGAUGGUGUACAUGCACAGCCACCACUCCUCCUGCUCUAAGAAGAGCGACGUGCUCUCGGCUGUUUUCGGCCGUGCAGACGAUCCAUUUGAUCUCCACACCGGCUGCCUGAAGUUCUACCUGUUGGUCACUCAAGUCUUGGAAGUUUGGACAGAUCUCAUCACGUACUUUAAGUCUUGUGACAGCGAGGGUGAGAAAGCCAAGUCCGUCUGCUCCCAGCUGCAGGAUCCUAAAGUCAGAGCCACGUUUAUGUUCCUGCAGCAGGCCCUAAAGCCUCUGCACAGUUUCCAGUGUCUCCUGCAGCCGGAGGGGGAAGCCAACAUGCUGCUCGUCCUGGAGGAGGCCAGUGAUCUGCUGAGAACCUACACCUCCUACUUCCUCAAUCCCGAAGCUGCUGAUCGCUUCCUCAAGGAAAAGGAUGCUCAAAUCCUCAAGGACAAGAGUUUCCACCUGUCCAGUCCGGAGCUCAAUCUGGGAGGGAAAGCAGUGGGACACUUCCUGAAGGAGUGUGAGGCCGCAGAGGCUCGGCUGCUGCUAGAGGAGGAGGCGCUGUCUUUCUACGCCGCACUCACAGGUUGCAUUGCAGAGAAGCUUCCUCUCGGGGAGGAGACUCUCCGGAUCAUCUCUCAGCUGCUGAACCCCGUGAGCAGACAGGGAGCGACGGGGGAAUCAGUCGGGGAGCUCGGGACUUCACUGGGAGUCUGCAGCUCCUCCUCUGAGCAGGUGGAGAAGCUCACAGCUGAAUUCCUGGAGUACCAGGCGGCUGACGAGGUGGAGAGCUCUGCAGAGGUUUCUCUGGAGGAACACUGGGCCAGCAUACUGAAGGGCAGCAAGCCGGAAUCAGUGUUCAGGAAGCUGGUUCUGACCCUGCUGGCUCUGCCCUGUCCGCCUCUGGAUGCUCAGCAGGUUUUUACCCAGGCCCUGGGAACUGAAGAGGCCACUCUGUUCUCUGAGAGUGAAGCUUUGACAGAGAGUGAUUCUGAGCUCACCUCCGACAACGCUUACUCCGACAACAACCGCUGCGGAGAGCCCCACACCCAGACUGAAGGACUGAAUGGCCUCAAAGUAAGGCAAUGUGAAGUCCGCCUCACAAAGAUAAAUGGCAAUGCUUGUAAACCUGGAGAGAAUGGAGACUCUUGCAAAGAGAUGCCCACUAGGGGAGGUUAUGGCUGGGAGUGCAGCUUGCGGCAGAAGCCUCAGGCCCGCGAAGUGUUUCAGGCUGGUGCUAGCACCCGGUCCGCCCCCGACCCUGUUGAUAAGGACAGCAGAAAGGGUCCGGAGUCCCAGGAUGAGGGGCCUCGGGUAGAAGAUUCAUCGCCGUCCAGUAAAACCACCCCAAGAGCACGGCGGAAACACGCCUACACGGAUGGGAAGGGGUUCCUGAGCGGGGAGCUGAUCUGGGGGAAAGUGAAGGGUUUCUCCUGGUGGCCCGGGAUGGUGAUGCCCUGGAAAACCAAGUCCUCUCCUCCUGGGAUGAGGAGGGUGGAGUGGUUCGGAGACGGGAUGUUCUCAGAGAUCUACACCGAGGGUCUCAUGGUGUUCAGUGCCUUCAAAAAGUGCUUCUGCAAAAAUUCCUACACCAGCCUGCCCGUCUACAAGGAAGCCAUCUACCAGAUCAUCGAGCUGGCCGGUGAGCGAUGUGGGAAGUCUUUUUCCGAGGCGGGAGGAACCAAAGAGAAGGAGCUGAAGCUGAUGCUGGACUGGGCUUCUGAGGGGUUCCUGCCCUCCGGACCGGAAGGACUCCUACCUCCUGAUGCUGCUGCUCAUCAGGAGUCUUCUGACUCGGCCCUGUCUGACUACCAGCCUCCAACGAAGAGGAAAUAUGUGUUUAAAAACAAAGCAGUUGCAACCACCGUCAUCUACAACCGAGAAUUGAUAAGCGAAAGGGUCAAAGAGAAGGGCAAAAAGAUUGAAGAUUUUUGUUUGUCUUGUGGAUCCACUGAGAUUGAGGUGCAGCACCCGUUGUUCGAGGGGGGUCUUUGUCUGAAAUGCAAGGAGAACUUCACUGAGACGCUGUUUCGCUACGAUGAAGACGGAUACCAGUCGUACUGCACCGUGUGCUGCGGCGGGCAGCAGGUCAUUCUGUGCGGCAACGCCAGCUGCUGCAGGUGUUUCUGUAAAGACUGUCUGGAGAUCCUGGUGGGUAAGGGAACCUUCGACACCCUGAAGGAUGUGAACCCGUGGAGCUGCUUCAUUUGUAAACCCUCUCAGUGCGACGGGAACCUGAAGCUGAGGCCGGACUGGAGCUUCAAGGUCCAGGACUUCUUCGCCAACAACAGCGCCAUGGCCUUCGAGCCUCACAGAAUUUACCCCUCCAUCCCUGCUGACCAGCGCCGACCAAUCAGAGUGCUCUCUCUUUUUGACGGCAUUGCAACAGGCUACCUGGUGCUGAAAGACCUGGGCUUUAAGAUCGACCGCUACAUCGCCUCAGAGAUCUGUGAUGACUCCAUCGCUGUGGGGCUCAUAAAGCACAAGGGAAAGAUCGAAUACGUCAACGAUGUUCGCACCAUCACGAGGAAACACCUGGCAGAGUGGGGUCCGUUUGAUCUUCUGAUUGGAGGCAGUCCGUGCAACGACCUCUCCAUGGUCAACCCUCUGAGAAAAGGAUUGUUUGAGGGAACUGGACGUCUCUUCUUCGAGUUUUACCGCCUGCUGACGCUCCUGAAGCCGAAGGAGGGCGACAACCGCCCGUUCUUCUGGCUGUUUGAGAACGUGGUGUUCAUGAAUCGCCACGAUAAAUCUGACAUCUGCAGAUUCCUCGAGUCCAAUCCGAUCCUCAUCGACGCAGUGAAGGUCAGCCCUGCUCACAGAGCGCGAUACUUCUGGGGAAACCUCCCCGGCAUGCACAGACCUCUCGCCACAGCUGUGGAUGAUAAAGUCGGCCUGCAGGACUGUCUGGAAGUCGGACGCAUGGCAAUGUUUGAGAAGGUCCGCACCAUCACAACAAAGUCCAACUCCAUCCGGCAGGGGAAGAUGGGCCCGCUUCCCGUCACCAUGAACGGCAAAGAGGAUUACCUGUGGUGCACGGAAAUGGAACAGAUCUUUGGCUUCCCCAAACACUACACAGAUGUGAACAACAUGGGCCGGGCUCAGAGGCAGCGGGUGCUCGGGCGAUCCUGGAGCGUCCCGGUGAUCCGCCACCUGUUCGCCCCGCUGAAGGACUACUUUGAAUGUGAACAACAACUGUGAACACACCAGCAGCAGAAGCACAUCCUACCUUACACUGCAACGAACCACCCGGUAUCAACCUAUCCUGAUUCACUGUUAGACUUUUAGACGUGUUUGCUCAUCGGCUCCUUUAAAUCCGGUGAGUUUUUAUCCUCUCUCACCAGCAGGUUCCGACACUUGGUGCUGUGAUCAGACUUUGAUCUCCUCCUGAACCACGAGGCGAGACUAACCAUGGUUUACCAUCUUUCUUUUGGGAUAAACUCAGGUUAACCAUUGUCACUAAACUGAUUAAAAACCCUUUUCCUAACCAAUCAGGUGGAAAAUGUAGUCAUUCCUACAGGAAACAGUCAGUUCUUAACGAGGCAAUUAACUUAACAUAGAGACAUUUUAAUUUGCCUUAAUUGGAUUAAAUGAGGAAGAGCUUUACUUCUUUACAUUAUUGUUGGUUCAUCAUUGGAAACAGCCUUAGUAAUACUUAUUAAUAGCCUUAAUUUCCAUAAUUGGACAUUAUUCAUAAUAUUUCUACAAGGGCUGUACCAAAUAUUUUACAUUUCCCCAUGAAUUAUGAAUACAAUAUGAUUUGUGCGUUUAAAAAAAGGUUAUUUUGCAGCCCUUUAAUGAAAGUAGGGCUGUAAUGAACAGUUAAAACCUUCAAAUCUUUAUUCAAAGCUGGAUAUUUGUCCUUUUAAAUGCUGCGAAUGUCUAUGAAUUGUGCUUAGUGUAUCUGUGUGGAUACAGAUACACUACUCUCAGAGUGUCUGUUGACAUUCAGCAUUUUAAAAUCUUUGAAUAACAUUUUUUUUAAACUUAGUUUGAGACAUUUGGUACACCCCUAACUUCUACAGCUUCUUGUAAUAUAUAUUUAGUGAUUAUUGAUAACCAGUCUUGUGUAAUCGGUUUUACCCCCGUUGAUCUCGCUCCGUGCUUCAGGCUCUACCUCAACAUCCAUCAGUCCAAAACUGCCUUUUUAUCCUGAGUUUAAUUUAUAUAAUCUUGAAAAACUUCCACACUAUCUGUGUUUUUACAGUUACAUUUACCCAGACUUUGAUCCGAGCAUGUUCAAGAUUAGCCAAUUUGUUUUAUGCACAUUACAUUCCUCUCUGUGGUGCAGCUGUGACUCCCUGAUUGCUGCUCAUCUUUAUUAUCCCCUUUAUUCUGUAAUGAUGUCUGCUUUUAAUACCAAAAAUACCUUCUGUGUAGUCAUGGAGAACAAACCGUCGAGUGUUUUUAAUAUUACUGUAACACGGUGCAGAGGUGGGGGUUUUUAAUGUUAGUUUUGCACAUUUCUUUCACAACAGUGGACUUUUUAAAAUAUUCAACAGAGAAAAAAUGCUUUUUAAGAAACAACAACACGAUUCCACCUCAGGAACAAACCAUUUCUGCUGGAAGAUACCAAGUAAUGGACAUUUUUUUAUACUUAGUUUAGAUUUUUUGCAGCCAUGUGUGACAAUUGAUGUUGUUUUAGAUGAAGAGUAAAAAACUGAAAACGAAAAAAUAAAUCAAAGAUGUAACAAAACAAAAGAAAUGAAAAUGAGGAAAAAUAAUGAAUAAAAUCCUUAAAUGUAAAAAAUAUCAUUCUUUUUUUAGAAGUAGUGAAACACCAGCAGCUACUGUCAUUAAUGAAGGUAAAUAAUCAAAAAAGAUAAUUGAAAUACUAAUUAACGCAUUUAAAUCCAACUUUCAGUAUGAAGAGUUGCACCUUUCCAGAUAAUGACGGUGUGUCAUUUUGGACGUCAAAUAAUGAAAAAUAUAUUGAACUUCCAAAAAAUAUGGCCCCAAUAUUCCCAAUUCUGAUUCAAAUAAAUCCCCAAAAUAUUGGUCAGAUUAUUUGCAGCCAGAACUUCUGCACGGCUGUCGUGAUUGUUUGAAACCUUGUUCAUACACAGAAUGACGAUUGAAUAUUGUUGUAAUUAAUCAAAAAGUUAACUGGAUCCCUGACCCCUUUAUUUCCAAUUGAGGAUUUAUUUGUGUAUUAUUUCAGGGGGUUUUAGACUGAACACUUCAAAAGAAGCGUUGAAUGUGAAAUUUAAGAGAAGAAUUUGGUUAAAAAAACACUGAUAGGGUGCAGGAGUGGAAAUGCAAGAUGUGUAUAAGUAACCCUUAAAUCAUCUACAGUACUGCUCAGCGGUCCCUGAUUUAGGGUUGCACGCUCGACUGUGUUUUUAUAGUGACACUUUCAGAUAUCGGUGCUGCCUUCAGGGUGGAUCUGUUUCUCAUGCAGCCACUGAGGGCUUCCUUUUUAAAGACUUUUUUGUGGAACGUGGGUCCACCGCAUGGGGAUCAAACCCCAGUAUAUGGCCGCCUGCUCUACCCACUGAGCUAUACGACGGCCCACUGAGGGGUUUUAAUCAUAUUUAAACACUUCUUACCUCAUUUCUUUUUGUGCGUCUCUUAAUUCCUGAUGGUGCUACGCUAACGGUGCUAACACUGCAUGUACAGUGUUUUUUUAUACCUCCUCUGCCUUUAAUGGGCAAAGUGAAUGUUCCACUAGGCUGUUGUUCUUCUGUGUUUUUUGUUUCCUGCUCUGUAACUUUUGGUUUUGACUUAUUUUAAUAUUUUUAAUGUGACUAAUAAACACUUAAAUGCAGGAUGGAUUUCCUGGAGUUUUUGCUCUGCGUGAAUGAGGUGUGCUUUGAGGGGUCCAGAAGACCUGACAAAGAGAUAUACAAGUACAGACCAUCUAUAUAU